AUGUUCUUUACAGCCUCGCGGCCCAGAGUCGAUUGCUUCUAUCACGAAGCCCCAGACGCACAGUGGAAGGUGGAGCCCUGCAACUUCAGCCUCCAUUUCGUCUGCCUGCCCUUCAAGGGAUCCGGCGGCGAGCCACACUUGGAUGUGGAUCUUGACAUCCAGGAGCUUUCCACUCUGCUGGAUAUGACUCAGCUGAAGGGCUUGGCUGCCAUCAUUGGCUACGUGCAGCGAUGGGUCCGGCAAGACAAUCUCUUCCAGUGGAAGCCUCCACCAUCAUCCUACAGGCAGGCUGCAGACAUCUCGGGCUCCGGGCUCUCCAAGGGUCGGCUACUCUGGGCCUACGCUUUGAAGCUUGUGUUGCGCAGCAUCCACCCGCGCUAUCACUGGACUUCUUUGAGCUGGGUGAAUGCCUGGCGAUCCGACGAGAAGCCUACAUCGAGCUGGCCACGAGGAAGCAGAAGGAGUCUUACUUUCAGAAGAAGCGGUGCUGCCGGCGCCGGAGUGCGGACGAUCCAACGGAAGCUUUGGGUGAGGGUGCAGACGAUGAAGAGGACUUCGACGGGGGGUUCGACCUGGAUGACUCCGACGAGUCCGAGGAGGAAGAUUUAG